GCUGUGUGGAGGGGCACCGUUGCCGUGAGGGGCGUGCGGCCGUAGCGGAGGGGCCGGGAAGGGCGGGCAAGAGUGAGCCGCCGCCGUUGCCCCUUCCGGCCUUCUCCUCGGUGAAGGUCGCGCCCUCCGCCUUCGCCAUGCACCCCGUUUUCCAGAGCAGCCGGCGCGAUUUCACCUUCGGACCGUGGAAGCUGAGCGCCGUCUGCACGCACAUCAUGAAGUCGGCGCAGGCCGAGAGACUGGCUGAAGAAUUACAGAUGCCUUCCCUGCCAGAGAUGAUGUUUGGAGACAAUAUCUUGAGAAUACAGCAUGAACGUGGUUUUGGAAUUGAGUUCAAUGCAACCGAUGCUUUAAAAUGUGUCAAUAAUUGCCAAGGUAUGAUCAAAGUGGCUUGCGCAGAGGAGUGGCAAGAGAGCAGGAGUGAGACUGAGCACACUAAGGAAGUCGUCAAGCCUUAUGAUUGGACUUACACAACUGACUACAAAGGAACAUUGCUGGGAGACACUGCAACACUAAAGGUUGUUCCUACGACAGAGCACAUAAAUACAGAGAAGUUGAAAGCCAGGGAACAAAUCAUGUUUUUUGAAGAAGUACUUCUGUUUGAAGAUGAACUUCAUGAUCAUGGAGUGUCAAGUUUGAGUGUAAAAAUAAGAGUCAUGCCUUCCAGCUUUUUUGUGCUGUUGAGGUUUUUCUUGCGAGUUGAUGGAGUGCUGAUCAGGAUGAAUGACACAAGGCUUCACCAUGAGUCUGACAAGGCUUAUAUGUUGCGAGAAUAUACAUCGAGAGAAAGCAAAAUAUCGAGUUUAAAGCAUGUGCCACCUUCCCUGUUCACGGAACCUAACGAGAUCUCUCAGUAUCUACCCAUAAAGGAGACAAUAUGUGAAAAACUAGAAUUCCCAGGGACGCUGGAAUCUAAUAAUCCAGAGGCAUCACUGGAAACCACGUGUGUUAAGUCAAAAUAAAUGUGACUUUAUAUGGACUGAAUUAGACUGGAGAUGGUGUGAUCAUGUAGGCAUUACUGAGGGGGGGCAGUUUCACUACUAGUGGAAUAAAGAAUUUGGCUAUUUUUUCUGUAGCCCUGAAAAAAAACCAGAACUCAUUUCAAGAAGGUUUUGCUAAUGUUUGUUCUAUCUUGUUUUUUUGUUUCUUUUAAACCUGUAUCUGGAGUUAAUGAUAGAGCAGUGGUAAAUCAGUCUUCAAUGGUACUGGACAUGGACUUUCACAGUGGAAGAGUGUGGGUUCUGCUCAUUUCACCUGUGAGGCAGGCCUAUUGCCUGGGCCCUCCAACGCAAACACUUCCAUGAAAGAUUCUGUUAGUCUCGGUAUCUGAAGCAGCAAUAUUAGUCAUAAAAUUGGCAUAAUUUUAUUUCUAUGAGGUAAUCAUCUACAGUAAAAAUUGAUAAACAAAAUUCCUCUGCAUAUGUUUUAAGCUUUCAGUCGUGAGAGAUAGAUUUUUGCUUGGCUCCUACUUCAAGCUGAUAACCCAUCGAGCUACUUCUUGGCUGGGGAAAAAGGACAUCGAUUGUCUUCAGUCCCUCUAAGAUGCUGGUAUUUGCAGUUUGAGAAAGAGGAGCUUAUGUAGCUCCAAAAGGAUGCUAGCAUGUAUUCCAGAUGCAUAUUUUUGGUUUAUUUAAAAUCUCUAAGUUCUGGUAUCAAUAGGAGUGUGAUCACAUGUGCAGUCACUAUUCUAACUUCGCAUUUUGUGGAUUAAACUUUAAGUAAUUCUGUUGCUUUUGGAAACUUUAAAUUACAUCAAAGGUUUGGUCUAAGACUGGGGGAGUUAAACGGCCUUGUCCAAGUUUGCUGCUUACACUCAGUGAAGGACUGUAGCAAAAAGCAGGCCUUUUGAUUUGACAGGGUCUGAUAAGAAUGUGUACAUUCUGAUGUCCUGGACUGUUUUAAUUAAAAAUCUUCAUAUUCUACACUGCGUGUCUUCAAACAAGUUUUGGGGGUGGGUUGUUUCAAUUAAUGAUGUCUUUUGAGAAACAGUUUUCGUUUAAGACAAUGCUGAUGUUUUUAUUUAAAAAAAAAAAAAAAAAAGGAAAAAAGAAAAAAGUGCUCUACUAUUUAAGUGACUGCUCUUGUUUCCUAAAGGCUGUAGUGUCAGGACAAAGCAUUUAUCUGGCUGUAAAUGAAUGCAGAGUGGAAGCGAUCCGUAUUUGUCUGGACACAGAAUAUUACUGAGGUCCCCUCCAGUGGUAGAGGAAUGUGAGCGGAGAAUGAAAAGGAAGGGAACAACAGAGUGAAGAGAUAGUUUGUUGGUAGGAGCAUAUCGGGGCACUUUUCCUAUAAGGAUUUAUUAUUUUAUGUGCCUUACUGGCUUAUAAAAGUGCAGUCUAAAGCCAAAGCUGGCAGUGAUUGAAAGGAGAGCUGAUGUGCCAACACAAAGGAAACUGUAUCUGCAUUCAGUAAUGAAAAUUACGGUUUGGGUUUAUGCAGUGAUGCAAUACGAAGCUCCACUGAGCUCAGGUCUAGUUGGGGGGGACCUAUGGAACUGACAGCUGAUGUUGAGAAGGGUGCUCUGCAUGUGUAGUUGAUGUGUAUUUACCUCCUCCGUCGUAUUUACUAAUCUGUGACCUAUUGAUGCAGUUGUCUUGAAUGGACUUGAAUCCUGAGUAUAUAUCUCUGAUAGCCAUCUGUUUUGGGUGCUGUGCAUUUAAAUGGAACACAAACAUUGGAGAAAUCACAAGGAUGCAUUUAGAAAGUCGGUUACCACGAAGUAGAACACGGAGCACCACUCCUGCCUCUGUUACACCGCACAGACGAUCAAGAAGCAGCGAGGGAAACUCUGGUACAGCUUCACCAGAGGAAGGUACUGCUGUGGAUACGUGAUGCUGGGAGGAGGCGCGGGGUCAUUCUCCAGCCGUUCUGAAGCGAGCCGAACGUACGGCAGUUUAUAUUCCCACUUGUAUGUUAAUAAAUAAAAUAUACCUGACGUUUCA